AUUGUAAGGAAAGUUUUUAAAAAUGUCGUGUUGUUCAGGAGACGAUGAUGAGGAACAACGACCUGAUCCAACACGUGUCCGAGGAAGCACAGAUAUUUUCUGGCUUUGUUGUUUCAUAGUAUUUUGGUUUCUUAUGAUCUUAAUUGCAGCUUUUGCUCUUGUUUAUGGCAAUCCUUUAAGACUUAUAAAUGGGUAUGAUAGUUUUGGAAACACUUGUGGUAUGAAAAAUAAUCCAAAAUUUGGCAGCAUGGAACUUUCUGGACAAGACACUAGCAAGAAACCGUACCUGUUCUUCUUGGAUAUAUACAAUGUUACACAGUCUUUGAAAAUUUGUGUAAAAAAAUGUCCAGAUAGAACUAUGACAACAAUGAAUGACAUAUGUAGAUUUUAUGAAGAAACAGGAUCACAACUUUGCCAUGACAAACCCAGAAAUGAUUUCAGUGCCUGCAGUAAUGGAAACAGAAAAAAUAAAACAGGCUCUUGUCCUGAACUACCAGUGUACAACAGUAUACCAGUCCUUAAUCGUUGUGUUCCAAAAGCUAUUAAGGAUGUGGGAGAAACUAUAAUUGCAAAUUUAUAUGGCCUAAUUAAUUCAUGGGAUAUUAUUGAACAGAUUUUAGGAGAUUUGUACAAAACCUGGAGAGAGAUUCUGGCUUUAUCAUUUCUAGCUUUUGUUUUAUCUCUUUUUAUGAUCGCCAUAUUCCAUUUAUUGGCAAGCAUUGUAACAUGGAUUGUAAUGGUUCUUGUCAGUAUUGCAACUAUAGCUGGUACAGUGUUAUUAUGGUGGACAUACAUUGACAUUAAAAGAACUUUAGAUAAAACCAAUCCAAAUCAACUUCUUGAGGAAUCUGUUAGAAACGAACGAGCGUUUUUAGCUUUUUCUAUCAUUGCAACUAUAAUAACUGUCAUUUUAUUACUCCUUUUGAGUAUAUUGCGCAAACGUAUUGGAUUUAUGACAGCAUUGUUUAAAGAAAGUGCAAAGUGUUUAGCAGAAUUGCCAGGUUUAUUUUUUCAACCUCUACUCACGUUUGCUGCUCUAAUAUUAUUUUUUGCCUUUUGGGUGACUGUAAUUCUUUGUCUUGCAACAGCCAAUUAUCCAGGAACGAAAUCUGUGCAAAUGUAUAAAAACCAUAUAUUCGAUCCCUUAAACUUGAAUUUGCUCGGAGAGAAAAGUUCAUUUGUAGAAGAGAAGAAAUUUGAUUUUUCACUGGACUCCUUUAAAACUUUCACUCUGGUGGAGUAUGUCGAUUCAACUUGGGUGAAAUAUAUGUGGUGGGUGUACAUCAUAGGAUUAAUAUGGACUUCUGAAUUCAUUAUUGCUUGUCAAGAUAUGGUAAUAUCAGGGGCUGUUGCUCAUUGGUAUUUUAGAGGAAAGAAUGCUAGUGCAUCUCCAGUAUGCUCUGCUAUGGGAAAUUUAGUUAGUUACCACUUAGGUUCUGUAGCUUGUGGUUCAUUCUUAAUAACCCUUUUUAAGUUACCCCGUUUGAUUUUGACAUAUCUACAUGCUAAAUUUGAAAGAAAUAAGGAAACUUCACCAUGUGCUCAAUGUGGUUUGAAAUGUUGCAUAUGCUGUUUCUACUGUUUAGAAAAAUUUAUUCGAUAUAUGAAUCAUAAUGCAUACACUGUUGUUGCCAUUGAAGGAACACAUUUUUGUAAUGCAGCUAGAAUUGCGUUCACAACACUUGUUAGCAAUGCUUUACAAAUAGCAGUGAUUAAUGGAGUGGGAGAUUUUAUCCUAUUCUUGGGUAAAUGUUUUGUCACAGCUGCUACUGGAAGUAUUGGAUUACUAUUUAUGAAACAGGAUCCCAGGUUACACUUCUACGCAGCUCCGAUUUUUGUUACUUGCGUUUUUGCAUUCUUUAUCGCUCACAGUAUUAUUUCUCUUUACGAGACUGUGAUAGACACCCUUUUUCUUUGCAUUUGCGAAGACAAGAAUUUAAACGGCGAUAAUGGAAAAUGGCGUCAAUCGGCACUAGCACAAAUUGGAUCUAAUAGUAAUACAAACGGACAACAGUCGCACGAAUUAACGCCAAUGAAUACAUAAGUAUAAUGUUAAAUCAUUAAUUUCUUUUCCGAUCCUUUUACACAUUUUACACACUUUUAUAGACAUAUUUUAUUAUAGCAUUUAGUAGCGUUUAUGAAUUUGAUGGUUAGAACUUUUUUAUCAUUUUGAUGCAACUUUAAAUUGUACAUAUAGUCAUUCAUACUCAUUUUACAUAUGUAGGAUUAGAAUUGUAAAAUCUAUCCCUUUAUUUGAAAGCACAAGGUGCACACAAGAAAAUAAUUCCGUGAACGAAAUGGAAAAAACUCGUAAUCGUUCGUUUCCUACACAUAUGUUAAGUUGCAGUAAAUUGCAAGAUAGGUGUACUUAUCAAUUUACUCCUAUGCUGUCAAUUAAUUUUCUAAUUCGUGUAAAGAUUACUGCCAAGUAUUCAAACUUUCAAUUUUUAACAUAGAAUGACAACAAUAGCAAGGAAUGAAUAAUCUAUUUAGUGGAUAACUCACCAACAAAUAAA